UUUUGCAUACUAAAAAACAUUUUAAAUAAAUACAAGUGUCUUCCUAAAAUCGUCUGCUUUCUCAACGGCGACUUUCCAUAGAAUCUCUAUCCCCUCGUUGAUUGAUUCUCAAUUUCUUCUUCUCCUCACUUUCAAUGCCGUCUCGUUGACAAGGCUUAACUUCCAGGUGCGCACGAUAAUGGAUGCGCCGCCGCUGUCUUUCGUCUCCAAAGCUAGAACCGCUUUCAAUUCCGCCGCUGCUAAAGCGGAGCGCGUCUUCACUGAUCUUAAAUCCGAUCGAGAGGAGGAGCAGCCAUCGACGAGGAAUGAGAAUGACUCUAAGGAGGAGAAUGAAGUGAAGCCUCAGGGAUGGAGAACUGCACAUAUUAGGAAAAAGCAAGAGUGGCAGAAUAAACUCAAAAACUUGAGAAUUGGAAGGAAAGAAGUCGUUGAAGAUAAAGAUACGGCUGAAGAUUCAACCAUGCUUGCACCUUUCUAUGACCAAAAUUCGCUUAUUCUUAAAGCGCAAGAGCAAGAAGCCAAGGCAUCUGAUGUUGGUAACUUGAUACAAGUUCUAAAUGCUGUUGAUGUGAACAGCAUUCCUCGGGGAUCCAUUGUGAAGCAGCUGGCUGUAGCCAUCGAAGCGGGAAAAAUGGCUAAGACUAUGAAAGAGUUUGCUGCAUCUUCUGGAAGUUCAUCACCAGGGAGGGACAGAGGGGGGUUAAGCCUCUCUGCGGUGAAAUCGAUGGUUCUUGGUGAAAAAGAGGAUAAAAUUGGUUUUGAUUCAAGAGACGAGGAAAAACUUGUUUCUCUUAUAAAUGCCAUGUUUAAUGUUGAUGGUAACUUCCUCGUCAGAAUGAUUGUCUCUGAUUUGGAGUCUCCUACCAACAGAGCAUCUUUUGCAAAAGAUCUUCAUGUUGCUCCGCCUAGUAGCUUUGUUGUUAAGCUAGCUGAAGUAAUUGGAAGUUUUACAACUCCAAGCAGAAUGGCUUUGUUCUGGUGCAGGGUUGUUGAUGAACUGAGGAGAUUUUGGAAUGAAAAGAAACACAUACCAUGGAUACCCCUAGACGAGAAUCCAGAUUUGAAAAGUUGCCUACUUCACCAAUGGUUACAAGUUAUAAACUGCUGUCUUGGCAGGAAAGCACGUUGCAUAGCUGCUUCUGAAGCAUUAGAUGCUGUUAUGAGACAAGCCAGUCCAGCCAAUGAAAAGUCAGAUAUUUCGGAAGCGAUGGGUUCUCCGGUUUCUCUUUUGUAUGCUAAAAGUAACACCGGAGAACUCAUACUUCGCCUAGGCAUCCACCACCAAGUUGAAAACUUAACAAUGUUGGAAACUGGUGAACCUGUUUAUGCCCCAAUAACUCAGGAGGGUCCGUUGUUGACAGAAGAUCUGAUUAAAGAAACAGAGGAACUAGUAUUGCGAACAGGGAGCAUGGGGGCUGGGUGUUCUCAACUCUUGUCUGACAUGCAGGCUUUCAAGGCAGCAAAUCCUGGAUGUAUUUUGGAAGAUUUUGUGAGAUGGCAUUCUCCUCCAGACUGGACUGGAAAUGAUACUUCUUCCGGAGAUGACUCUUCUCCCCUACGAGGUCAAUUAAGCAUCCGGAUGCAAAAAGAAGGUAAUUUGUGGCGCGAGCUGUGGGAAACAGCUAAACCACUGCCUGCGGUUAAGCAAACACCUCUCUAUGAUGAAGAUUUUGCUGUGGAAGGAAUCUUGAAUUCUUUGGAAGACAUUCCGCCUGUUGAAUUUUUCGGGCAGCUUUUUGUUUCUCUUGUUGCCCUGGGAUUUGUAAUGGCGGAGCCAGUAGUAGCCACAAACGAUGACUUGUCAAAGCUUUUCUUCGAGUGCAAGGAUUAUGUAGUCGCGAUCUGCCAGGGAGACGCAUGGACCGAUAAGCUUGAUGAUCUCUGUCAGGUGUAUGAAACAGUGGAAACAAUGUUAGUACGUCCAGAAAAAGUGUUGAGAUCAAUGAAGCAAACAGAGGAGUCGCCGUCAGGUGGGAACGAAACAAAACGGCGGUUCAGGCGGCUGAGCUUCAUCUUCCGCGGUAAAGAAGGAAACAAGAACAGAGUUACAACAGAAACAGAACAGAAAAGUACGGAACCGAGCCCGCGGCAGUCUUUCUCGAGUCUUUUUGAUGGAAAGUCGUCUUUAUUUGCAAAGAAACCACCUAGACCUGCUGAAAAUGGGACUCUUGUCUGACUCCUUUGAUAUUUAUUUUAUUUAAUUUGUUACAUCUGGUUUUGAGUCAUUUCUCAAUAUAUAUUUUUUGUUUGGUCUGGGUUUAGGUUGUUAAGUUAAUCAGUUGGUUGAUAACUGUAAAUUUAUAUCAUUCAAAAACAUUUCUCAGUGAGAGGGGAAGUUAAAGUUGA